UACGGAGAUAUUAACACGCGGACCAUCAUUGGAGAUUACCUAUCGCAAACCAUUCCGGACCUGGAUUCUCGCGCUGGGAUUACAUGGAAGUCUACUUUAGAGCCUCUCGUCCAGGGUGCUUCUGGUGAUUAUUGGACCUUCAAAUCUGAAGUUACCUCAGUCUCGGAUUCAACAGGUGGCGAUUACGAACAGGGCCCAGCGAUGUCUAUUCACAUCUACAAGAAGCCAUUCCGCUUCCAGGCUUCCCGCUCACUCAAACCGUUAGAUGAACUCUGGCCUCUCCCUGUUGAAGUCAUACAAUCUACACCAAGGCUUAAGACCGUGUGGCAGACCUCGGAGCAGACGUUUCGCUAUAAACUGGACCCUGACCAUGACAUGGUCAAGAAUGUGAUUCUUGACGUGAUCAAGCCCGGCCAUGGAGAGUACAUUGGGUGGGGAGAGCAGGGGGGUUCGAGCUUUAUGAAGAAGCCGACCUUAAUGAACUACUUUAACUGCGACAAUAUGCAGUACCAGCAGGUGUACAACGAAGGUCCUCUGGACCCGAGAGAGCCGCUAUACCACUCAGACCCAUUCUUCUUGGACAUCAAUUCAAAUCCUGAACACAAGAAUGUCACAGCAACCUUUAUCGACAACUAUUCCCAAAUCUGUGUUGACUUUGGGAAGUCAAAUGCAGGAUACAUAAAGAUUGCUACUAAGUUUGGCAGUUUGGAUGUUAUCUGUUUCUCCGGCGAUUCACCGCGGGAUAUUGUUAGGCUGUAUACCGCCCUCAUUGGUCGAUCUGCAUUAAAGCCGAGAUAUAUAUUGGGAAACCAUCAAUCAUGCUAUGGGUAUAUGAACAAGCAGCAGCUCUUUGACGUUGUCAAAUACUACCGCGAUAGAAAGAUUCCACUUGACGGAUUACACAUUGAUGUCCCCUUACAGAAUAACUUUCGGACAUUCACAGUCGACAGGAAAGCGUUCUCAGAGCCCGAACAAAUGUUUGCCCAGCUGAGGAGUGAUGGGAUCAAGUGCUGUACGAACAUUACGCCUGUCAUUAGUGCCAAUGACCUACCCGGCGAGGAGGGUUACAAGACCCUUCGCAGUGGGCGGGACAAAGGUUACUUCAUCAAGGAUAAGAGAUACACGAAAGGAGUCUCCGAAAAAGUAUCAGAGAUCAAUUACAUGUGCUAUGAGGGUGGCUCUAGAAAUGAUAUCCCAGCAGACGAAUGGAAAAAGCGCCCAACCUUUACAACCGAUGAUGGCCGUGUUUAUAGGGAUGAAUACGAGCACUAUAAUAAGGGUGGCCCUUACCGCGGAGGGGUUAGCUAUGGGUACAACGAUGGCACGCCAGGGCACUACGCGGACUUGAAUAAUGAGGAUGUCCGUGAGUGGUGGGGGCAGCAGUAUGAAGAUCUUUUCGCGAUGGGGUUGGAGUUUGUCUGGCAGGAUAUGACAACACCAGCGAUCCAUGAGUCCUUUGGGGACAUGAAAGGAUUACCGUCCCGCCUGAUGCUCGACUUUCCAAACCACACCCCUUCCACAAAACUUGCCAUUGAGGCAUGGGCUGUGUACUCCUACAACCUCCACAAGGCCACCUUUCAGGGUCUAAGCAAGCUCAAAGGCCGUGAGAAUAAAAGAAACUUUAUUCUUGGGCGUGGAAGCUAUGCCGGAAUGUACCGUUACGCUGGCCUCUGGACUGGUGAUAACGCCAGUACUUGGGACUUCUGGAGAAUCACAGUCUCACAAGUUCUGUCUGUUGGGCUCAAUGGCGUGAGUAUCUGUGGGGCUGAUACAGGCGGAUUCGAGCCUGCUCGUAUUCCAGGGGAUCCGGAGAGAGGAAUUGAGGAGAGAGAGGAAAAGAUCUGCAAUCCCGAGCUCCUCAUCCGGUGGUACGUCGGCUCGACAUUCCUACCAUGGCUCAGGAAUCACUAUGUUAGUAGAAAGGACACCAAGACAGGAGAAAUGAGAAAGUGGUUUCAGGAACCAUAUGCUUACCCAAUACACUGGGAAGAUUACCGCAACAACAACCGGACAGAGCUUGUGGGUCAGGCGUGGCUCUAUUAUGGUGUUCAAUUCAUCGUACAGUACUAUAUCCAGCUCCGGUAUUCGUUGAUUCAAUUGUUAUAUGAUGCCAUGUUUGAAAAUCAAAUCCACGGUUUGCCUAUUGCAAGAUCCAUGUUCUUGACGGACCCGCAAGAUACUACCUUCUUUAAUGAGAGUCAAAAAUUCCUGGAUGACCAGUAUGUAGUCGGUCAAGAUAUUCUCGUCGCCCCCAUCAUGCACAGUCGCAACGAGAAAGGCCACCAUGAUGAAUCUCGGGAGGUCUACUUCCCUCUCGGAUAUUUCUGGUUCCCCUCGAAUCUGAGGCCAUUCAGCUCACAAAGAGUCCCGCUGGUACCUUCAAUCCCAGGUGGUAAAGUACUCUAUAUGACGGCACAGAUUCCUGUCUACAAUGAUCCCGCAGCUGGGACAACACCACAACCGGAGGAAAAGGGGUACCCUGACGUGCUAUUGCACUUCAUCAGAGAGGGUUCUAUUAUUCCGCAAUGUGAAGUUCGCCAACAUCUUAGUGAUGGGAAAGUGAAUCCCAUUACACUCAAUAUCUAUCCCCAUGUUUUUACGCACAGGAAAAAGAGAUCCGAGUAUACAACCUACCUCGACGAUGGCGUUAGUUGUAGCAGUGCACCAGAGGAUACUAUGCGGGUGGAGCAACUUAUCAAGGCUGCCAAACGAAGGGGUCAAGAUGUCUCGGCCCUUGAGAAUGCCAAAUACGAUGAAUACCGCGCCGUCAACAUUACCCAUGAGACGACAUCUAGUUCCACUCGUACAGUGACGAUUUGCCGGAAGGUAAAGGACGUCGACUACGAUCCGAAGAAAGAGAUCGGCGAGGAGUACACCGUAAUCUUUUGGUACGAAAAGCGUCUCUACAACCCUGACUUCGAGAUGACUGUUACACCGUCCUCGGGCGUAACAGUUGAGAAGUCUGACGAUGUCGCUCAAAGUACAUUGCAUGCCGUGAUCUUGAAAGUUAAGGAAACAUUGGGCAACACGGAAAAGGUUGCUAUUAAGAUCGUGAUGAAGGAAAACUGA